UUGCUUGCUCAACACCCAUCUCUUUCCUAACAAGUUUUAAUCUUUGUGCAAAAAAAAAAAAAGUUUUAAUCUGGAAAAAGAAAGUUUUUUUUUUCCUCCAUUACUCAUCCACCAAGUAAAGAAGCCAAAGUAGUGGGAAAAACCCAUGAUUUAAACCAAACUGGGUAUCAUUGUUUCAUCUAUCUUGCUUAUACUCCAAGGCUCUUCUGUCCUCUCCAUGUAUACACAGAGAGAUAGAUAUAUAUACUGCACAUGGUUCAAUAAAGGAGAUUCAGAAAUCCUUUAUUCUUGAAGAUGUCAGAGAGCCCAGAUUGUGAAACCGUGGCGUUUUUGGAUAUGUUUAAGAAAGUUAAGCGCUUGAGGCUGUUUGAGCCGUCUGUGGGGGUUCUUGGGUUUGUAUUGGUUACGGUUUCUGUGAUGUUCUGCUUCUUUCUAUUGGGCUACAGAAGUGUGGGUAAAGGGUUGAGGUUUUCUGCAGAGUCACAGAGGGUUUUAUGGCUGAGGUUUGGUGGGUCAGCAUCAAGGGAAAAGGUUGGGUUUUUGAGUGAAAAUGGAAGGCAGUGUGAUGUGUUUGAUGGUGAUUGGGUGUGGGAUGAGAGGUACCCUCUGUACCAUUCUAGAGAUUGCAGUUUCCUGGAUGAAGGCUUUAGGUGUGCUGAAAAUGGAAGGCCUGAUUUUUUCUACACCAAGUGGAGGUGGCAGCCCAAAGAUUGCAAUUUGCCCAGAUUCAAUGCUAAGGUUAUGCUGGAAAAACUGCGAAAUAAGCGUCUAGUUUUUGCUGGGGAUUCAAUUGGAAGGAACCAAUGGGAAUCCCUGCUCUGCAUGCUCUCUUCUGCUGUUGCCAACAAGUCGUCGAUCUAUGAAGUUAAUGGCAACCCCAUCACGAAACACAAAGGAUUUUUGGUGUUCAAGUUUGUCGAUUACAAUUGCACCCUGGAGUAUUACAGGGCGCCAUUUCUUGUACUGCAGAGCCGGCCUCCUGCUGGAUCUCCCGCGAAAAUAAGAACCACCGUGAAGCUAGAUCAGAUGGACUGGAGCUCGUCAAAAUGGAGGGAUGCAGAUGUGCUCAUUCUCAACACUGGGCAUUGGUGGAACUACGAGAAGACAAUAAGAGGGGGCUGCUAUUUCCAGGAAGGAUCAGCAGUAAAACCGGAUAUGGAAAUUGAUCUUGCAUACCAGAAAUCGCUGCAGACAGUGGUAAACUGGAUAAACCGUGAAGUGAAUCCAUUCAAAACGAUGGUCUUCUUUCGUACAUAUGCUCCUGUGCAUUUCAGGGGCGGGGAUUGGAGAAAUGGCGGGAACUGUCAUACAGAAACGCUUCCAGAGCUGGGCUCUUCGUUGGUGCCAUCCCAUACGUGGGCGAAAUACAACAUAUUUUUCGAUGUAUUAUCAUCAUCAUCUCAGUCACACAAAUCUGCUCCAGCAUUACAUGUUCUGAACAUAACGCAUAUGACCUCGAGGAGGAAAGAUGGCCAUCAAUCGUUAUACUAUUUAGGUCCUGCAGUCGGGCCUGCAGCGCUGCACAGGCAAGAUUGCAGCCACUGGUGUCUGCCCGGAGUUCCUGAUUCGUGGAACGAGCUGCUCUACGCCCUCUUUCUGAAGCGAGAGGCGACUAGGAGGUUGAAUUUAACGUCGUCUCAGGUACAAUGAGGAUUGAUCACAGCUAGCAAAUGUACAUUAUUUAUACAGACUUAUAGGAAAUUAGGAAUGAUAGGAUACAGUGAGAAGAGAAAGAUGAAGUUGUUCAGACUCGAGAGUUUAGCCUCAGCAAAAUACAGCAUUUCUGGAUGUCUCAUUUAAGAGGAUUGUGAGAAUAGGUGUAUAUUUUUUUGCAUUUUUGUUGUUCUGUUUCUCAGAAUCACCCCAUUUUUUGGGUAAGAAAUGUAUAAAUUCUACAUCCUUUGAAUUAAGAAUGAUAGCAAUGUCAAGGCCUUUUUGAUCGAGUCCA